AUGGCAAAAGUAAUUAUUCAAUUUUGUUCCAAGUGCAAAUGGCACAACCGUGCCGUAUGGUACCUCCAGGAAAUUAUGCAAACAUUUGGUGAAGGUGAACGAUUCAUUUCAGAAAUUUCAAUUCAGCCUAAAAUUGAUGAACCUGGACUUUUUCAGGUACUCGUUCAAGCUGAUGAGGGAGAACCAAAAAUCAUAUACAAGAGAAAGUUCAAGAAGGAUAAUGGUCCUCAGGAUGCUCCAUACUACUAUGAUGGGUUUCCUGAUAGUAAAUUACUCAAAACGCUAAUUCGAGAUGAACUUUUUCCAAGUGAAAAAUUGGGCCAUGUAGAUGGGCAUGCAACAUUGACUUGUGAAAAAUGUGAAAAGGAAUAG